GUAGAAGCAGAUUUAGUUUUGUGGACUGUUGGGUCUAAACCUCUACUCUCUCAGCUAGAACCCAGUGAUGAACCUAUUGAUCUUCCUCUUAAUGGCAGAGGACAAGCAGAAACAGAUGAAACUCUUCGCGUUAAGGGUCACCCACGUAUAUUUGCCGUUGGCGAUGCUUCUGCUGUGAGGGACAGAAGUGGAAAGUUGCUUCCAGACACAGCUCAGGUAGCAUUUCAGCAGGCAGAUUUUGCUGGCUGGAAUCUUUGGGCUGCAAUAAAUGGCCGACCUCUAUUACCGUUUAGGUUUCAGAAUCUGGGUGAGAUGAUGACUCUUGGGAGAUAUGAUGCUGCUAUAUCACCAAGUUUCAUCGAGGGCCUAACAUUGGAGGGUCCGGUCGGUCACACAGCCAGGAAAUUGGCGUACUUAAUCCGGUUACCAACAGACGAGCACCGGUUAAAGGUAGGGAUCAGUUGGUUAACUAAGACUGCUGUAGAGUCCACUGCAUUACUGCAGAAUACCAUUACCAAAAUGCUUUCAUGACCAUAAAAGACCGUAUAGUAUCAUAUUUUGGACGACUUCUCAAUCAAGAAACUAUUUUGUAUUUUAGUUUUGACAUCCAAUAUAAAUGUUUGGAACAUUUUCUGUCCAAGUAAUACCUCAUACGCUUGUAAUGUUUAUUCCCUGUCUAAAUUCAAUCCUAAUUUAAGUUCUACUCUCU